AUGUGGGCUUGUAGUUACUCAACUAAUGAUCGUACGGGAGUCGGAAAGAGAUUCAGCAUUGAUUUGUUGGAAAAACGAGAGAAAGAUCGGGAAGAUUUGUUGGGAAGCGAAAGCAAAAGAGAUUCGGAAAAACGAGAGAAAGAUCGGGAAGAUUUGUUGGGAAGCGAAAACAAAAGAGAUUCGGAAAAACGAGAGAAAGAUCGGGAAGAUUUGUUGGGAAGCGAAAGCAAAAGAGAUCCGGAAAAACGAGAGAAAGAUCGGGAAGAUUUGUUGGGAAGCGAAAGCAAAAGAGAUUCGAAAAAACGAGAGAAAGAUUGGGAAGAUUUGUUGGGAAGCGAAAGUAAAAAGGAUUCGGCAUUUGUUGGGAGGGGUUGA